AUGAGUUCACACGUGGAGGCUGCUCCCGGACAAAAUGAAGCCAUGUUCCAAGACAAGAAGGGUAUUGAAGUUGGUCAAUGGAAACCAAUUGAGGAUAUCAAGGACCCAUAUGUGCAAGAGAUGGGAAGGUUUGCAGUGAUGGAGCACGAUGAAAUGCGAAGAGGGGAAAAUCUUAAGUUCAUUUGUGUGCAAAGUGGCGAGAAACAAGUGGUGGCUGGAAUGAAUUAUCGCCUUCUUAUUAAAGCAAGUAACCACUUGGGUAUCUCUUCGAUGUAUAUGGCUAUUGUAUAUGAUAAGCCAUGGGAGAAGACAUGGAAGCUCAUAGAGUUUGUACCUUUACUCAUGAACUGA